CAACUCUCCUUGAUUAACCUCCUUUUAUACUCAUGCAGGAUCCCACUCGUUCAUUCUCUCCCUGCUCUCAUCUUCCUCUUCAUCCUUGAGUUCCGGGGCAUCCCCGUGCUCACUGUGCACUCUUGUACAUAACAAUAAUAAUCACCAUCAUGGCCGACCUCUCCACCCUCCGCGAGGUCAUCCUUCCCUCGCUCUUCUCCUGGAAAUCCCUCGCCAUUGUGCUCGCCUUGCUCAAUCUCAAGAAUAUUCCCUUCUCGUGGCACAUCCGCCUCCUAACCCACCUCCUCCUCAACCUCCGCCGCUCCCCGACCUCCCCUCCCUUCCCUACCUGUCCUCCACCCUCAACCCUCACCACCAAGGAAAAGACCAUCCAAACCCACCCCAUCUUCUAUCCGCACACGCUCACCACUCGCACCUCCCUCUGGGAAACCGACUACAACUUCCACAAAUCAAACAGCACCUAUUUCUCCGAUCUGGACAUCUCCCGAACAGCCAUAGUAACGAGAGUCUACACACCGGGUUUAGCGCUCGUGAGCUUGGAAUUCGACCACGAAUUGAGGAAUGGGAAAGAUGAAAAUGCCAAGGUCAAUGCGGGGAAGAAGGUGUAUGUCGCGCUGGGAUCUACCUAUACCAGCUUUAAGCGGGAGAUAGGGCCCCUGCAGAGAUAUCGGGUGUUGAGUCGGAUUGUGGGCUGGGAUCGGAAGUGGGUUUAUGUGCUCAGUGCUUUCGUGAGUAUUCCUUCUGGAAAGAAGGGGAAGGGGAAGGUGUUUGCUACGGCUGUGAGCAAGUAUGUGGUGAAGAAGGGGUGGGUUACUGUUCCGCCGGAGAGGGUGUUGAGGGCGAGUGGGAUGUUGCCGGAGAGGAGUCUUGCUGAUGGGGAGAAAGAUGAGGAUGGGGUGGUGGUUGAGGAGGAAGAGGGGACGGUGGAGGGGAUUGUGGAGGGCAUGGGGGAGGUGUUGAGUAAGGAUAAGGAUGGUGAGGAUGGUAAAGGCGAAGGAGUGUCGGAUUGGACGUGGGAUAUGAUUGAAGAGGAGAGAGUGCGUGGGAUGAAGAUCGUCGAGGGAUAUGUGGGGUUGGAUGAGAAGUUGUUGGCUGAGUGGGAGUAGACCAGUACUUACUAUUUACAUCGACUACUGCGUUAUUUGCUUUCUGUACAUAUAUAGAUACCAAGUAAGAGCUGGAUAGAUGAUAGAUAGAUCCAUAAUUUGUUAUUGAUCAGUCAUGUCAUUUA